AUGCGAGCUAAAACAGUAGCAUGUACAUACGUACUAACCCUCCCAGUCUCACUUGCAGGCCAGCACCCACCCCUCACCGCCAACUAUUCUCCUCAACCCAGCCAGCCUGUUUCUCUCAACUCCCAACCAGCCGCACUCAACCGAACCAACACACACACACACUCGCUCCGGGCUCAUUCCAAUCAUUCCUCCGCCCAACGAUUAUUCACCCCAAGCUGGUGCCGGUACCCAGGCUUCAUCCCAAUGUGUUGUACUGGGGCUCAAUGGAAACGAGAAGAGGUACCAGAUCACAAAUGGGACUUUGUCGACGUUCGAGAAUUCCACAACUCGGGUUGCAUGAGCUAUUUUCAGUAUUGUUUUCUAUACGUCCUCGUCAUCAAAUCAGUUCUAGUCUAUGCCUCAGAUCUCUACACGAUGGUCCUCCUACUCGCCUCAAACCAUUGGGCCGGUUCGAUUCUAGAGAGCUCGGGCGGAAGUAGCGCGAUGAACGUACCCUUCAAAAUCGGAAAAUGGAUCUUCUUUGGCUGUAUCAUCUUCUCAUUCCUCCUGCUCGCCUGGGAAGCCAAGAAGAGUAGGGCCAUCAUCCGCAGUCGUGAUAUCAGUUAUGCUUUCACCAACGUCAUGGCCAACAAUUACUACUCCAUCAAAUCAUACGAUCAUUUCUGCUUUUUCUCUCAGAUCAACAAUUCAAAAAAGAAAAAGGACGACUUCGCUUUCUUUGUUUUCUUCACUUUCAAGGGCUGGAAGAGACUACUCCUGGCCGAUGCACCCCGUCAAGUCAUCAAUGGGAUCACUCUUUAUUCGUUUGCCAGGUCUGUCGGCUUCACUACCGACAUCUCAAAGUGGUACGAUGGUAGCUUUGCCAAGGCUUCCGUUCUCAUCUCAAUGGCCUUCACUGUCACAAUUUGGCUUGGCUCCUUCAUACUCCUCAUGGCUGCUGCAUUUCUGUAUGUCCCCCUGCUGUGCUACAUUCAAGGCAACCUUAAGGAAUACUGCUGUCACAAAGUCGAUAAACGAAUUGCUGAGCUAAUGAAACGAAAGAACCGCAAACGGUUGGCCAAGGAGGCAGCCCUCAUGCGAAAGGAGGCUAUGGGCGAUUACUCACAUCUCAAGGACAAGAAGGGUCAAUUCAAAGCUGCCCCAUUACCUCAGCCAACGCUACCGCAAAUCGGGCUUCACGAGCUGAUUAGCGACAACAAAAGCGAAAGAGGCGGGGGGGCUGGUAGCAUCAGGAACGUCUCACGUGUCGCUCAACACGCAUAUCCACCAUCUCUCGGUCAUCACUAUGCCUCAAGUAACCCUGGUACUGGUUACGCUCCCAGCAAUCCUGGUACCGCUGUCGGUAUGGGCUACAACGUGAUGAAUCGAUGGCCAAGCGACCGAGAAUAUAAUGAGAAGGCUGGAUACGCCGAAAGCACUGCAUCGACUGAUCGCUUCAUCCCUUAUCAAGCCCCUACUUCCACGGCCGGUAACCUAUAUGGCCAGCUGAGUCAGCCCUACGCCCCACGGACACAACCCUACAGCUCGCAUCCCCUCGCAUACCAGUACCCACCGCCUGUAGAUAACCAGACCUCGCUUAACCGUGCGCCGUCUUAUUCGAGCGACGAACAGAGGUUCUAUACCGACGACAAACAUCCUGUCGCUCCUCAUGCACUCCCCCCUCCCCAAUCAAGCGCCCCUUCCAGCGAAUACGGUGGCUACGCCCACGACCCUCCCCCUUCUUCUCAUCCUUACCACGAAGACGAUUUCCAUCCUUAA